AGCUAGCUAAGUUAGCUCAGCCUAAGUUGCUCAAAUGACUAUGUUGAUCAACUUUGGCGACCACGCUAAAAAGGACAGAAACGCUAAGACAGACGCGGCUCACUGUUGCAGGUUGAAACACAACAGUCCACAAUUUAGGUAAGCUUGCCUUUGUGUUUUGCUAAAGUUAGCCGGCUAGCUGUCCGAUAAUGGACACAAGUGGGUUAAAGUUUUGAGCAAGCUGCCCGGAGUUGCUAACUUGGUGCUAAUCACAGCUAGCCGCUCUCACUCAGCUGGGUGACGCCGUGGGUUCAGCUGCUUUUGUUGGGGCAAACCCGGGACAAACAGCCGGGGAGUUACUCACCGGAGGGUCGGCCCGAUACAGUUGGUGUCUGUGCUUUCAAUCUCCCGCAGGAUCCGUUCGUGUUCGGCGGCUGUCUCCACACUCGCCAUCCUGCAUGUUGCUCUGGACUGUGCCGAGCUGAGCUGAACUGAACUGAACUGAACUGAGCGGACUGGCUGGCUGGCCGGGCUCCGUGCGUCAUGCAGGAGGAACCGGAGGGAACAUUCGCGUUACAUCCGGUGUCAUUCUUGCAAAUUCUGGCUGAUUUAACCGGAUUUAAUUCUGGUGGAGCCUGCUGCUGUCGGAAAGGCAAAGAAGCAAGAGAAGUCCAAAUGGAGCCUAAAAAGAAGUUGAUAAACUCAGUGGACAGCUGUGUGGACGAGGCUCUCUGUGGCCUGGUGAGGGCCAGUGGGGGCCUGUCUCUGCUGAAGGGCCACAGAGUUGUGCUUCGGUCCGACCUGGACAACCUGACGGGCAAAGUGGCCCUGCUGUCCGGAGGGGGGUCGGGACACGAGCCGGCACACGGGGGUUAUCUCGGUGCAGGUAUGCUGUCAGCUGCUGUAGCUGGAGGAGUGUUUGCUUCUCCACCUCCUGCCAGCAUCCUGGCUGCCAUUCUCUGCUUGCAUCAUGCAGGAGUCUCCGGAGUCCUUCUCAUUGUGAAGAACUACACCGGCGACCGCCUCAACUUUGGAUUGGCUGCAGAACAGGCCCGUAACCACGGCGUCGCUGUUGACAUGGUGAUAGUUGCCGAGGACUGCGCCUUUGACCAACCCAGUAAGGCCGGCAGGAGAGGCUUGUGUGGCACCAUCUUCAUUCACAAGCUGGCAGGUGCCUUAGCAGAAGAAGGCUGCCCAUUGGACCAGAUUGUUUCCAAGGUGACGGAGGUUUUAAAGGGAAUCGGUACGCUGGGGGUGAGUCUGUCCCCGUGCAGCGUUCCGGGCUGCCUGCCUUCUUUCGACCUGCCGCCAGGAGACAUGGAGCUGGGACUGGGGAUCCACGGUGAGCCUGGAAUCAAAAGGUUAAAGGUGGCAUCUGCAGAUGAGUUGGUGAAGACCAUGAUAGAUCACAUAACCAACCCUGACAGCCAAUCGCAUCUGCCUCUGAAAUCAGGAGACAGCGUGGUUGUGUGUGUGAACAACCUCGGAGCUCUGUCUUGUCUGGAGAUGGCUGUGGUUACUGGAGCGGCCAUCAUCUGUCUGGAGAAUCGGGGCGUGGUGGUUGCCAGGGUGAUGUCGGGGACGUUCAUGACAUCGCUGGAGAUGGCGGGAGUGUCGUUGACCCUGAUGAGGGCCGACCAGGAAACACUGAGACUGUUUGAUGCUAAGACCAGCGCCCCCGCCUGGCCAAACCUCAGCAGUGUAUGUGUAAGCGGACGCAGCUGCAUCAUAGAGCCUCAAGCCGUGAGCCCAGGACCACAAGCAGACACACACUCUGAAGGGCCGCUGAGUCCUGUGAUGCGUAAAGCGUUGGAGAGGGUUUGUUCCACGCUGUUGGAAAAGCAGGAAGAACUCAACUCCCUGGACCGUGCUGCAGGGGACGGAGACUGUGGGAACACUCAUGCACAGGCUGCUAAAGCCAUUCGGGAGUGGCUCCAGGACCAUGUGGUCCCCGGUUGCCCCGGCCAACUGUUAUCAGUCCUCGCUGGAUUGGUGCAAGAGAAGAUGGGCGGGUCUUCAGGAGCGCUGUACAGUCUGUUCCUGACUGCAGCCGCUGCUCGCGUGACUGAGGGGCAGAACAACGCUGUGGCCUGGGCGAGCGCAAUGCAUGCUGGGACACAGGCGAUGAGGAGGUAUGGUGGUGCUGACCCUGGAGACAGAACGAUGUUGGAUGCAUUGUGUCCUGCUGUGGACGAGCUGAUGAAGCUCACAACAGCGCCGCCUGGUGAACAGAUGGCUGUACUUCAGACUGCUGUACAGAAAGCGUCCUCGGGGGCAGAGUCGACCCGUAACCUCACAGCGAUGGCGGGGCGAGCCAGCUACAUCGCGGCCGAGCGGGUCACCCUGCCCGACCCCGGCGCCGUGGCUGUAGCCGCCAUCCUGAGAGCCGUGCUGGAAGGGCUGAAGUAAUCCAGCAGAUAGGAAUAAUAGGCCCUGGUUAGGGCUGGGUAUCGUUCAGAAUUUUUCGAUCCGGUGCCAAUUCCGAUACCUCAGUUUCGAU